AUGUCGGUCACGGCAUUCCUAAAGAGACUCGAGAUCAGUCCGGAGGGUGGAGUUAUUCCUGACCGAUGGAUCAACAAUGAUAUUAAGCCUAUUGAGGCUGGGCGACGCACUUGGGGUCACUGGACGUUCCAUAAUUUUUGGGUAAUUGUCAACUCUAAUAUCUCAACUUAUAUGACCGGCAGCUCCCUGAUCGCACUUGGGUUGACCUGGUGGCAAGCGAUAAUCGCUAUUGUUGUUGGCCAGCUCUUGGCGACGGCCUUUGUCAUCCUGAACUCUAUACCGGGUGCCUUUUACUGUUUGGGGUUUCCCGUGGUAAACCGAUAUGUCUGGGGCAUGUAUGGAAGCUCGUUUGUGAUCUGGAAUCGCAUUCUCCUUUCUAUUGACGGCUUUCAAGCAUGGAUCGGAGGCGAAUGUGUGUACGUGUGCAUGCAAGCAAUAUGGCCAAAUAUCGAGUCCCGCAUCCCCAAUAGCCUCUCCGCCUCAACUGGAACCACAACAGCAACCUUCGUCGCCUACAUAAUCUUCAUGGUCAUCUCAUUACCAUUCAUCUGGAUCCACCCCUAUAAACUCAAUAAAUUCUUCUACGCCUCCGCGGCCACCAUCCUCAUUUUUGAAAUCGUGCUUCUCAUCUGGUCCCUCGCAACCAUGGGCGACAGUGGCUUUGGCUCAACACUCGCCAGCGGCAGUACAAGUACCAACGGAUGGAAUAUCGCUUUCGGGAUCAUCAGCACGAUUGGAAGUAUUGCUGCUGGUAUUCUGAAUCAGAAUGAUUAUGCGCGUUUUGCUCGGAAACCUUCCGAUGCGAUCUGGGGCCAAGCGGUCAGUUUCCCGUUCUAUGGGAUUACAUGCUCGAUUAUUGGCAUUCUGGUUACUGCUGCCACACAGGAUCGGUAUGAUGGGGCGAAGUGGAAUUUGCCUACACUCCUUAGUGCUGUUAUUGAGCAUGGGAGUUCCCGGUCGAGGGCUGCGGCUUUCUUUGCUGGCGCUGCGCUGGCUCUCUCGCAGAUUGGAGUGAAUGUGCCAGGAAACUCAUUGGCGGGUGGAUUUGACUUGGCUGCGACCUUCCCUAAGUAUAUCAAUAUCCGUCGGGGUGCAUAUCUCACUGCUGUGAUUUCCAUCGCCUGUAACCCCUGGAAGCUGGUUAACACCGCCACAACAUUCCUGACGGUGCUGAGCAGCUACUCCGUUUUUCUGGGUCCGAUGACUGGCCUGAUGAUCUCGUCCUACUUCUUUGUCAAUAAGGGCAAGAUCAAGGUUGAGGAUCUAUUCAUCGGGGACAGUUCAAGUAUAUAUUGGUACACAUGGGGCGUGGAUUGGCGAGCUGUCGUCGGAUGGGUUUGUGGAACCGCACCUUCAUUACCGGGCUUCAUCGCAUACGUGAAUCCAAACAUUGCUGUCCCGGUAGGCUUGACACGCGUAUACUAUAUUUGUUUCCUCUCGGGCUUCGCGAUUAGUGGUGCAGUAUAUUGCGUACUUCACUUCUUGUUUCCCGUGGCUGCUGUGGUGGACUUUGUUGCAAGGGCACCUGCUGCUUGUGUGUUGAUGGACGAAUACCGGGAGCAGUGGGACCGUGAAGAUGAACUUGGGACUGUGCUCACCCCGCCGAAACUAGUCCUGGAUUGA